AUGCCCUCUCGCACGUCACUCGACUCACGUUUUUCGCACAUGACCUCACCAUCUUCACACACGAACGGUUUCUCGCGGCCGGAAGCCAUGGAAGAAGAGGCGUUUGAGGACGUGGGGCUCGACGAUGAAGAGGCCAAGCCCAAGAAGAAAAGCAUAUUUUCUCGGUUCAGCGAAUUAUCGAGCGAGAGCCAGCCGUCUGGAAAUACAAAACCCUCCUCGCAGCCUCUCGGGUUUCACAUCCCAGGGAGAAAGAAGGGACCUACCAGCGUAGGGUCAGAAUUGGGAACGAUCAAGUCCACAGAGGCCGAGGGUGCUUGA